UUGUGUUCAAACAGUUCUUGUUUAUGCAAUAUGUUGAAAAAGUUGCAAUGCCUUAUUGUAAAUAUAAAGCGUGAAUGCUGUUUUUAGAUGAGCAGUAUGGAUUUGUUAGCCAUAACAGAUUAGUUUGUAUAGCAGUGCAUCCCUAUAGAAACUUGAUUUUAAGAUUAUAAUAUAGACAUAAUUUGGUCAAGAUUUUUAGUUGUCAGAAUCGAACCGAGUCCUUAAAAGUGUGUUUAUUUCGCAUGCAUAUAUUCCUACUUAUUAAACUCAUUUCAUAUGCUUGUUCCCUGGGACGAUGAUGGUUGUCUGCGAUGAAAGAAAUAUUUGCUUCUGCGGGCUGGUUGAAAUGUGACGCAUCGUAAUCCCAGUGACAGCUGCAGAAAGAUGAGCCAUGCAUACACAGAAAGAGAGAGAGAGAGAGAUGAUUAGAAGAACUGCACAGUGACUCAACCAUAUGCAUUGAAAAACAAGCAAGGACGUAGAGCUUUAAUGGAGACUGGAAAGUUUAUUGCUGACUGUGAGAUUACGGCUGGUUGAACCUCACCUGAAGCCUACAGAGACUUAACUUGAGUUGAAGGCCUGCGUCUCUCACAGAAAGCCUCACUUGUGGAUCUGUUCAAGUUUCUGUUCUCAAACAUCCUCGACUCUCCACAGAAACGCUGUCGACUGAAGGAAAUGUGUGAGGUUCAGCACAUCAGGCCUUUGUGAAUACGUUUAUGAAGUGCAACGUGUGUGUCGCCGUGUGCGUGUUUAAGAGUUUGUCGUUGUGGCAAUGGGGAGUUCUGCAUCAUCUCUGACUACGAACAGAGAUUCAGAUCACGGGUUCGGCAGCGCUUCGUUUCCUCCGGCCGCUCCGAUGGGCUGGCUCAGAACCAGCCACAGCAGUCCGGUGUGGGGAACCACUUUCAUCACACGCCAACAACAACAGCAGCCGAUACCACAUAGAGAACGCAGUAACUCUCAUUCUACGGGUUCGAUGGCAGAAGUUGUGAGGAAUUCUGAUUGGUCAUGUGGACGCUGUACGUUUCUUAACUCCAGCACUUCCCUACGCUGCUCCAUUUGUGAAGCACCCCGACAGAAGCCAGAUUUAAACCACAUUCUACGUCUCAGCAGUGCAGAAGAACCUCGCUGGUCUUGCCCCCGUUGUACCCUAACCAAUCACCACGGAUUAGUUUCGUGUUCCAUCUGUGGAGCCACGCCGGUAACGCCCAAUGGACCCCGUCCACCUAAGCAGCCCUCGCCCACCCCCGUUGAUCCCGUUUCCAGCCCGGAAGCCAAAGGUCAGGUACCCAACGGGGAGUCUCGUUGUGCGGAGUCCAAUGGGGAGGUGUCUGCAGGAGGGGAGGGGUCUUUGGAGUGGGCGUGUCCACGUUGUACAUUGGUAAACACUCCAGUUGCGAUGUCGUGCUCGGCUUGCGGCGGCCCGCGUAAACUGUCCCUGCCAAAGAUUCCUCCCGAGGCGCUAGUGGUACCUGAAGUACGCACACCUGUCGCUGGGUUUCCGACGCAGACUGCUGGAGCGUCAGCGCCUCUUCUCAUUGAUCUGACCGAGGAUUCUCCACCUCAGGCACCUUCCGAAACCCCAUCGCCACCGAUCAAUCCCAUCCCAUUUCUCCCUCCUUCCUUUUCGUCGCUUCAAAAUAACCCAGUACCUCGCAGUCGAAGGGAAGUCCCACCCCCUGGACGGCCCCCAAACCCAGCCCCUUCUCCCACAUCCCCUUCCACCUGCCCGCCCACCAAAUCCAAACCCCUUCCAACCUCUGAGAAUUACCCAAUUAAGCGGCUCAGCGUGCUGGAGGAGGAGGAGCCUAACAACCCCACCCCACCGGUCACCUCUCCGCCAUCAUGGAAGUGCCCCGGAUGUUCUGCUCCGACUGCUCCUCCUUCGUCCGCCGCAGGUCGCUGCGAUGCGUGCCGAGGGUCUCGGCCAGGUUCGGGUGGCGAUGUCAUCGACGUGAUGGGCGAAUCGGUGCGCUUCACGCCAGCGUCGCCUUCCAGCCCAGAUUUCAGUUCUUGGGCGUGUUCCAAAUGUACAUUAAGGAAUCCGACAGGAGCAGGUCACUGCACGGCCUGCGGAUCCUCCAAACUGCACGGUUUCUCCGAGCCGUCCAGCUGCUCCUCGUGCUCUAGGAUACAACCGCACUCUCAUUCACGUGCCUUUACCUCCACCUCCUCUUCCUCAAUUUCCUCCCCGUCAGCCGGAGGAGCACCGGAGAAGAGUUUGUGCCAGUGGACGUGUCCUGCGUGCACGCUGCUGAACGAGGGCCGGAAGAAACAUUGUGUGGCCUGUCACACGCCGCAGCAGUACCUGAAUCUGAAGAAAACUGGGAAAGCGCUCAAACGCAGGGAGAGCAUGCACGUGGAGGCCCGUAGACGCACGGAUGAGGGAGAGGCCAAGGAAUUAUUGGAAAAUAUUGUCAGCUUCUGUAGAGAGAACGCGGUGAACUUCGUAGAUGACAGUUUUCCUCCAGGUCCACGUUCGGUUGGUUUUCCUGAGAAUGACAGCGUCCAGCAGCGAAUCAAAAAGUGGCUACGGCCCCAUGAGAUUAACUGCAAUAAUUUUAAGGAUCGUGGGGUGAAGUGGUCAGUGUUUAGGACGCCCCGACCUUCUGACAUAUUGCAAGGCCUUCUGGGAAACUGCUGGUUCUUGAGCGCUUUGGCGGUCCUCGCUGAACGACCUGAACUGGUGGAGCGCGUAAUGAUCACCAGAACGAUCUGUCAGGAGGGAGCGUAUCAGGUCCGGCUGUGUAAAGAUGGUACAUGGACCACUGUUCUAGUAGAUGACAUGCUGCCCUGCGAUGAGUAUGGAUUUCUGCUUUUCUCACAGGCUCAGAGAAGGCAGCUGUGGGUCGCUCUAAUAGAAAAAGCUCUCGCGAAGCUCCACGGGUCAUAUUUUGCGUUGCAGGCGGGCCGUGCCAUCGAGGGUUUGGCGACGCUCACCGGCGCCCCCUGUGAAAGUCUAAUGCUGCAGGUCAGCUCAACGAACCCGCGUGAGGAACCCAUCGACACAGAUCUGAUAUGGGCAAAAAUGCUCAGCUCCAAAGAGGCGGGUUUUCUGAUGGGAGCGUCCUGUGGAGGUGGGAACAUGAAGGUGGAUGAUAUGGUUUAUGAAUCUCUGGGGCUCCGCCCACGACACGCCUACUCCAUACUGGAUGUCAGAGAUGUUCAGGGUUACAGACUGCUGCGUCUGAGGAACCCUUGGGGCCGGUUCUCCUGGAACGGUUCCUGGUCUGAUGAAUGGCCGGAUUGGCCGCAGCACCUGCGUCACGAGCUGAUGGCUCACGGCAGUAGUGAAGGCGUCUUCUGGAUGGAAUAUGGAGACUUUAUUAAGUACUUUGACUCAGUGGAUAUCUGUAAGAUUCAUUCGGAUUGGCAGGAGGUUCGUCUGCAGGGAAGUUUCCCCUGUCGAGCCAGCAAACCCAUCACAGUCACGGCCCUUACGGUUCUGGAGCGGACCGCAUUGGAGUUCGCCCUCUUUCAGGAGGGGAGCAGGCGUUCGGAUACGGCCGACAGUCACCUUUUGGAUCUGUGUAUAAUGGUCUUCCGGGCUUCGUUCGGCACUGGUAAUAAACUUGUUUUGGGACGUUUGUUGGCGCACAGCAAGCGAGCGGUGAAGAAAUUUGUGGGUUGUGAUGUGAUGCUGGAGCCGGGCGAGUACGCUGUGGUGUGCUGUGCCUUUAACCAUUGGCAGAUGGAUCUUACGGGUGCUUCGACGCCAGUUUCCAGUCCCACCAAUGUUCGGAGACCUAGUCAGGAUUUCCCAGGUUACAUCUUGGCCAUCUACAGCUCCAGACAGGUGAUGGUGGAGCAGGUGGAGGCCAUGUCAACCACGCUCGCAGACGCCAUCAUCCUACUGACGGAGAACAAGGGAGAGAGACAUGAGGGUCGAGAGGGAAUGACAUGCUACUACCUGACGCAUGGAUGGGCAGGGCUCAUCGUCGUCGUGGAAAACCGUCACCCGAAGUACUACCUCCACGUGUCAUGUGACUGUACCGACAGCUUCAAUGUGGUUUCGACCCGGGGCAGUCUGAAAACCAUAGACAGUGUGCCGCCCUUACACAGGCAGGUACUGGUAGUUCUGUCCCAGUUGGAGGGAAACGCUGGCUUCUCCAUCACACACAGGUUGGCUCAUCGGAAAGCAGCUCAGGCGUCGUUGGGCGACUGGACGUCCAGUAAAGCCACACACUCGCCUCAGCUCACCCCAGAUACUGAUGGACUGCACAGACCACGACCCCUUUGACACACGCUUACACACACACAAGAACUGUCUCCCUUCAUUAAACUGAUGUAGACAAAUGCAGAGCCGUGUUGGCGAACACACACACACACGUAAAGCCCUUGAGAGGGUCUGUGUGGAACUACUGAGCCAAUCACACGCCUGCUUGCUGAGCCAAGACCCGCCCACUGCGAACGCACACAUCAACAUAACCUAACUCUGUCUGCAGCCGACCCUGUGUACGUCUCAUGUUCGCUUUUUAGUUUCUUUCAUGAAUUUUCUGUCUAUUUCAAUGAAAUAAAAGGGUGAAGCUCACAGCAACACUUCACCCCCAAAUCAAAAGAAAUAAGAAAUUGUAUUUAGUCUACAAAGUGCUUUAAUUUACAGCAGUGAGAAUCUGGAAGGAUAGCAUAGUUUUAUGACCUAUUUAGCAAUUUCUUAUUUCGUGCUUUGCUUUGGGGGUAAACCGUGACCCGGACUGAAUGGGUUCUGGAUGAGAUUCAGCCGGUAAAGAACAGGAUUUUACUGUCGGUUAUGGGUGAAAUGUUUUGCAUGUUGGGUAAUGUAUGGACAUAUGAUAAUACUUGAUUCUGGUGGAUGGGAACACGCGUGCCGGUGGACUUUAUCUGUGUAAACCAUCUCUUUUAAUUUAUUUAUUUAGUGUUUUAGUAAAGUUAAAGCUUUCCAAGAAAAGCACAAGACAAGCUGCUGGGAGAAAUAACCGAUCGGUCCAUUCGUUUUACAUCACUGAAUGUGAUGAUGUCAGAACCCGCUGGAAUCUGAUUGGUCGGUCGUUCGGCUGUCAGUGUAUGUUCAUUUAUUUGUGUGGUUUCUCUGCAUCUUGUGUAUUUUUUUCUGUAUGUUGUGUAGGUCUGUGUCGCCCCCUGUUGGUGUUGGUCUGAUCAACACACACACACACAUAAACACACACUAUCUGUCUUUCUUUUGUAUAUUGUACAGAGCUGAUUUCCUCCGCAUCCAAGUACUCGCUGUAAUUACACAAAUAGCUGAUGGACGAGAGGACCAUAUGUAGAAUAUUUUAUUGAGUUUCUGAGAUAAAAAGAAAAGACAAAUGUAUAAAAGUUUAAAAUCUGUCUGGUUCAUUUGCAAUCUCAGGUUCUGUUGGACCAAAUGACAAAUAAAGUUCUUUUGUUUCAUUUUUUUAAAUCAAGAAA